AUGAGUGCGAGUAAUAGUAAUAACACUAAUAGUAAUGAGAAAUCAAAUUCUCCGAAUAAUGAAAUAAUGUCACCAUUCGAUGAUGUCUUUGAGUUCGGUUCAAAUGAUCCAUUUGCCUCUAAUGAUGAUCCAUCCCAACAACAACAAAAUAAUUCUAAUAUAAGAACUGGUAAUAGUAAGUCUGAAACGGAUAGAAAUUUAAGUAGUGGUAGUCCCCACGAAAAAGAUAGUAAUGAUGAUGAUGAUGAUAGUGAUCAUUCUUUCACAAAGACACCGAUGGUAGGAGGUGAUAUGAUGAAAUUUGAAUCUGUUGAAAUAUUUGAUAAUUUAGAUUCAAAAGAUGGUUCUACACAAGAUUUGAAUCAAUCAACAAAAGAUAAUGUUACAAGAAUGAGAUUCGCAACUUUAAGAGAUAAAAAUAAUAACACUACAAAAAAUCAUAGUAGUGUUAACCGUUCAGGUACAAUGAAAUGGGCACAACAAAAUAUUAAGAAAGCUUUUAAAGAUGAAAAAAAUAUCGAUGAAGCUGAAGAUGCCGCAAGGCGUAAUAGAUCAUCAGAACUUCGAUCAGUUUUUUUUAAUUUACCUUUACCUAAUGAAAUGAAAGAUGACGAGGGUAAACCAAUUAUGAAUUAUUCAAGAAAUAAAAUUAGAACAACAAAAUAUACACCAUUAUCAUUUUUCCCAAAAAAUAUUUUUAAUCAAUUCAAAAAUUUUGCAAACGUUUAUUUCUUAAUAUUAAUCAUUCUUGGUGCUUUUCAAAUUUUUGGUGUACCAAAUGCAGGUCUGGCGGCUGUGCCAUUAAUUGUUAUCAUUAUAUUAACUGCUAUCAAAGAUGGGUUUGAGGACUCAAGAAGAACUAUAUUAGACAUGGAAGUAAAUAAUACAAAGACACAUAUUUUAGAUGGUGUUGAGAAUGAAAAUGUUCCAUUUGAUCAUGUUUCAAUGUGGAGAAAAUUUAAAAAGGCAAAUACAAAAUUAAUGAUGAGGUUCUUUCAAUUUUUAAAUGAACGAUUCACAGCAACGGGUAAAGAUGCAAGAAAGGAAAGAAAAUUGAAUGAAAUGAGAUUGAAAAAAUCAGGUAGGGGCCUACCGAGAAAUUCAUUAGAAUCUUAUCAAAGUUAUAGACCAUCAGCAGAUUAUACGCGACCUUCUUACGAUAUGAUUCGUCCUUCAUUGGAUUAUGAUAAUAAUACUUUUAUAAAUAAUAAUAAUGGUGCUACUAUCGUUGAUCCAAAUUUACCAGUGAGACCAGAAUGCAAAUUCAAGAAAAAUUAUUGGAAAAAUGUACGUGUAGGUGAUAUCGUUCGUGUUCAUAAUAAUGAUGAAAUCCCUGCAGAUUUAAUUAUUCUAUCUACAUCUGAUAAUGAUGGUGGUUGUUAUGUGGAGACCAAAAAUUUAGAUGGUGAAACAAAUUUAAAAGUUCGUCAAUCUUUAAAAUGUAGUUCUAACAUUAAAACAUCUCGUGAUAUAACAAGAUCUAAAUUUUGGAUUGAAAGUGAAGGUCCUCAUUCUAAUUUAUACUUAUAUCAAGGUAAUUUAAAAUGGAUUGAUUCUGAUACAAAUUCAUAUCAUAACGAACCAAUUUCAAUUAAUAAUAUGUUACUACGUGGUUGUACUUUAAGAAAUACCAAAUGGGCAAUGGGUGUGGUUUUAUUUACAGGUGAUGAUACUAAGAUUAUGCUAAACUCUGGUGUAACACCAACUAAAAAAUCAAGAAUCUCAAGAGAAUUGAAUUUAUCUGUUUUAUUCAAUUUCGUAUUUUUAUUCUGUCUAUGUUUUGUUGCAGGUAUUAUCAAUGGUGUUUACUAUAGUAGGAAACCUGAAUCAAGAGAUUAUUUUGAAUUUGGUACCAUUGCAGGGAAACCAGCUACUAAUGGGUUUGUAUCCUUUUGGGUCGCACUUAUCCUGUACCAAUCUUUGGUUCCUAUCUCCUUAUAUAUCUCCAUUGAAAUUAUUAAGACAGCACAAGCAAUUUUUAUUUAUUUGGAUGUUAUGCUUUAUAAUACUAAGCUAGAUUAUCCAUGUACUCCUAAAUCGUGGAAUAUCUCCGAUGACUUGGGACAAAUUGAAUAUAUUUUCUCCGAUAAAACUGGUACUUUAACUCAAAAUGUAAUGGAAUUUAAAAAAUGUACAAUUAAUGGUGUAUCCUACGGUCGUGCAUAUACUGAAGCAUUAGCAGGUUUAAGAAAAAGACAAGGUAUCGAUGUCGAAGAAGAAGGUCAACGUGAACGUGAAGCCAUUCGUAUUGAUAGAGAAGAAAUGAUCGCCAAAUUAGAAUCGAUAUCCGAAAAUUCCCAGUUCGACCCAGAAUUACUGACAUUUGUAUCCAAAGAAUUUGCAAACGAUUUAGAUGGGACCAGUGGUGAUACUCAACAAAAAUGUUGCUCACAUUUUAUGCUAGCUUUAGCUUUAUGUCAUACCGUCCUUGUUGAGAAAAAUGAACAAGAUCCAAAUAAAUUGGAUCUUCAAGCUCAAUCACCGGAUGAAGCAGCUUUAGUUACAACAGCAAGGGAUGUUGGUUUUUCAUUAAUUGAUAACAAGAAAAAUAUUAUUAUAAUUGAGAUUCAAGGUGUACAAAAAGAAUUUGAAGUUUUGAAUAUUCUUGAAUUUAAUUCUAGCAGAAAGAGAAUGAGUUGUAUUAUCAAAUUACCGGCAAAAGAUGCUGAUUCUGAUCCAAGUGCACUUUUGAUUUGUAAAGGUGCAGAUUCAAUAAUAUAUUCAAGACUAGAUCCAGGCAAAAAUGAUGAAAAUUUAUUAGAAAAGACCGCGUUGCAUUUAGAACAAUAUGCCACUGAAGGUUUAAGAACAUUAUGUGUUGCACAGAGAGAAAUUAGUUGGACGGAAUAUCUUACCUGGAGUGAAAAAUACAAUGUUGCUGCAGAAGCUCUUGUUGAUAGAGAAGGUGAAUUAGAUAAAGUAUCUGAACUAAUUGAACGUGAUCUAAUAUUACUAGGUGGUACAGCCAUUGAGGACAAAUUACAAGAUGGUGUCCCAGAUUCUAUUGCACUAUUAGCUGAAGCUGGUAUUAAACUCUGGGUAUUGACUGGUGAUAAAGUCGAAACUGCUAUCAAUAUUGGAUUUUCUUGCAAUGUUUUAAACACAGACAUGGAAUUGUUGGUUAUCAAAGCUGAUGGUGAUGAUGUCAAAGACUUGGGCCAUGAUCCUGAAUCCAUUGUUUUGAAUCUAACGACCAAAUAUCUAAAUGAAAAAUUUGGAUUAUCGGGUACAGAAGAAGAUUUAGAACAUGCUAAGAAUGAUCAUUCAGUUCCGAAGAAUGAUUUUGCCGUAAUUAUUGAUGGUGAUGCAUUGAAGAUCGCUUUAACUGGUCCAGAAAUGAGACGUAACUUUUUAUUGUUAUGCAAGAAUUGUAAAGCGGUAUUAUGUUGUAGAGUUUCACCAUCUCAAAAAGCUGCUGUUGUUAAACUAGUUAAACAAUCUUUGGAUGUUAUGACUUUAGCUAUCGGUGACGGUUCUAAUGAUGUUGCAAUGAUUCAAUCUGCCGAUGUUGGUGUUGGUAUUGCGGGUGAAGAAGGUAGACAAGCUGUUAUGUGUUCUGAUUUUGCGAUUGGGCAAUUCCGUUACUUAACUAGAUUAUUACUAGUUCAUGGAAGAUGGUGUUACAAGAGAUUAGCUGAAAUGAUCCCUCAAUUUUUCUAUAAAAAUUUAAUCUUCACAAUGACUUUAUUUUGGUACGGUGUGCAUAACGACUUUGAUGGUUCAUAUUUAUUUGAAUUCACAUAUUUGACUUUUUACAAUUUAGCAUUUACAUCUGUUCCAGUGAUCCUAAUGGGUGUUCUUGAUCAGGAUGUCUCGGAUAAAAUUUCUAUGAUUGUUCCCGAGCUAUAUAGAUCUGGUAUCCUUCGUAAGGACUGGAAUCAAACAAAAUUUUUAUGGUAUAUGUUUGAUGGUUUAUAUCAGUCCGCUAUUUGUUAUUUCUUCCCAUAUCUAGUAUACCGUAGAAACAUGAUUGUUACAAAUAAUGGUUUAGGCUUAGACCAUCGUUUUUAUGUCGGUGUACCAGUGACUGGUAUCGCUGUUAUUUCCUGUAACAUGUAUAUUCUAAUGGGCCAAAAACGUUGGGAUUGGUUUACUGGGCUAUUUAUUAUUUUGUCGAUUGCAGUAUAUUUUGGGUGGACUGGUAUUUGGUCAAGUUCCUUAAACAGUUAUGAAUUUUUUAAAUCUGCAGACCGUGUUUACUCUACUCCAUCGUUUUGGGCUGUUCUAGUGAUUGGUAUUUUCUUCUGUAUCUUGCCAAGAUUCACCUUUAAUUCUGUUCAACAAAUGAUUAAUCCUACAGACGUCGAUAUUGUCAAGGAGAUGUGGGCCAAUGGUGCAUAUGAUGCAUAUCCCGAGAACUAUGAUCCAACUGAUCCAGAACAAAAGAAAAUCAAACGUGACGAUUUUAUGCCAAGUGAUAAUAUAUUCGAAGGUGAAUUCAAUGCUCAAGAUGCCGUAAGAGGAGAUUCUGGAAUGGAAUCAAGAGAUUCUGUUAUUGUAGAGGAGAUACCUAUGGAUUCAUACGAUAAGAAUGCUAUCGAUCAAGGUCAAGAUAUACGAUGGGUACCAUCUACAUCGUCUGCUGCGACCGGGCGUGCACCAAUGAAAUCAAUGGACUCUUGGAGAGAGGGCAGAAAUUCUAUGAAUCUAUCUCAUGUUAGAACUUCAUUAGAUAGAACCAGAGAGCACAUGCUAGCCUCAAACCAGCUGGACAAUAGAUACAGUGUCGAACGUGCGCGUGUAUCGUUAGAUCUACCGGGCUUAACACAAGCUGCCAAUUUAAUGAAAAAGAGCAGUAGAUCAUGA